AUGUCCUAUCCCGCCAAACGGCGCCGCACUGCUACCUCCGUUCUCUCUGGCGACUUCGACCCGCGUCCCACGCGCGACGUCCUCACAAGCUUACUGAACGGCGUCCCCAUGCCCCGCCCGUCCGAGGAAGAGAUUCAAGCGAAGCGGGAGCGGAAGAAGGAGAAGCGUGAGAGGCACGAGCGAGACCGGGAGCGCGACAAGGCCGCGAGGGAGAAGGAGGCCGAGCGCGACAAGGCCCCCGCAAAGCGCGUCAAGACCACGCACAAGUCGUCCGACCUCCCCCCACCCCUCCCACCAUCUCACGCGUCUUCCUCCACCGACAAGCCCAAGGCCGCGCCCCACGCCCCGCCCCGCACUACCGCGUCGUCCUUCUGGCAAGCGCGACCACAGAUCGUCAUCCCUAGCCUGCAGCGCUCUGCGUCCUUCUCUCCUCCACCCAUGCCCUCCUCCCCGCCCCCCACCCCCGGUCCCUCGGUUUCCUCGCGCACCUCUGCGUCGUCUAAACGGCCAUACACCCCGGACGACCUCGACGACCUCACGGACCGUGCGCAGAGCGUGGAGAACGAGAUGACGGCGCCGAAGAAGGAGCGGAUGGGUCGAGGGUCGCCACCGCCGUCUGAGAAGCUCAUCAACCUCGACGCGGUCCAUGUGCUCAACGAGCGCAAGACACGGAGCGGGAAGAGCUUCGACGCCAUCGGCAAGGGUGGAGACGGCUGGGUAUGA